AGAUGACGCAUAUUUUGUGGUGAAGUGUGUCAAAAGUAAUUUCCUACCUUCAGUUUUUAUUACAGACAAAGAGAGUAGUAAUUUUUGUUUUACAACAACUUGUGAAAAUUUUUGUGCACUAUGUCUUCGAGAAAAAAGGUUCUUUUAAAGGUAAUAAUUCUAGGCGAUAGUGGGGUUGGCAAAACUUCGCUUAUGAAUCAGUUUGUCAACAAGAAAUUUUCCAAUCAGUACAAGGCUACCAUAGGCGCAGAUUUUCUCACGAAGGAGGUAAUUGUUGAUGACAGGAUUGUCACAAUGCAAAUUUGGGAUACAGCAGGUCAAGAGCGUUUUCAAUCAUUGGGGGUGGCCUUCUACCGUGGUGCGGAUUGCUGCGUAUUAGUGUUUGACGUAACGGCCCCUAACACGUUCAAGUCCUUGGAGAGCUGGCGAGAUGAAUUCUUGAUACAAGCAUCGCCUCGUGACCCUGACCACUUCCCGUUUGUCAUCCUAGGUAAUAAAGUGGAUUUGGAUAAUCGUGCCGUUUCUGCAAAACGUGCUCAGCAGUGGUGUCAGAGUAAAAAUGAUAUACCUUAUUUUGAAACCAGUGCUAAAGAAGCUGUCAAUGUAGAAUUAGCAUUCCAAACCAUUGCUCGUAAUGCAUUGGCACAGGAAACAGAGGCAGAACUGUAUAAUGAGUUUCCAGAUCAAAUUAAACUGAAUGCCAAUGAUAACAAUCGCAACAGGGAUGGAGACAACUGUGCUUGCUAGACAUUCAUAUGAAAACUCCACAUAUAGCAAAUAUUUUAAGUGUCCCACUAUUUUAUAUAAAGUUGAUACAAUAAUUAUUUUUAUCAUAAGCUAUUAUUAUUUCAGUACUUGUAACAUUAUGUAAAAAUGUACAGGAUUGAUAAAGACACUCUUAAUUAGCUAAUUAUGAUAUUCAAUAUACAUUUUAUGACCUACCUUGCACUUUAAAUGUGUUUGGUUUAACUAUGUUGAAUUUAGAAAUUGCCUAAGAAAUAUCUUGUCUAUUAUAUUGCAUUUCACUGAUAUCUUUAAACCCAGUGGGAAAGCAUAUAUUAUUCCUAAUUUUCUUUGCAAAAGUUUAUUUGUAAUGUUAACAAAUAUAUAUAUAUAUAUAAUUUGUGGAAAUAUUAAGACACCUGUAUCUCAUCUCUUGUUCAAAAACUAACAUUUUUGUCCUCCAAACAUACUCAUACUUAAAAGAUCUGCUAAAGGCAAUAAUUUAAAUAAAGAUAUGUUAAAAUAAAACAAAAUUGGAACAUUUUUAUUUUACCGUAUAUUUCUGUAUAUAUUUGAAUUUUAUAGCACUAGAUGUAAGUAGUUAAUGAUGUUAGACCAUUGAGAGAGUUACUCAGCAUUUUUAUAACUCAUAAUGUUAGGCACUAUGGGGUGAUCUGUUAAAAACUUAAGGGUACAACUUGGAGAUAGCUCCAUAUUCUUUUUAAUAUAAGCUAAUAUGUGUGUUAUAGUUUGGCUAAUUUGCACUGUCACAGAAAGGCCUUUCGUUAAGACUGUGGAUGAUCAUUGGAUAAUUCAUUGGAUUUUAUAUAAAUUAUUAAGGUUUGCUCCCAAUUUUGUUAUGUUUUACUGUGGGCUUUAGCUAUUAUUAAUUAGUUAAAGUGUUUAUUAAUACAACUAAUAAAUAUAUCACUAGGUAUUUAGUUAUAUUAUUAAUAGCAUAUAACAUUAUGCUGUAAUAAUGUUUGCUUUUAAUUUUGUAUCAAUAAAUUUGAAAAAUCCCUUA